AUGGGGAAGCUGUGUGAUGCAGCUCUGAGCGCGGGGGACGGUCUGGUGCGUCUGGCCCACAAGAACAUCCUCGCCUGUUUCAGUGAAAUGUUCCAGGACAACGCACAGGAUGCUAUGGUGAUCAGUCUGACUGAAUGUCCAGAUGAGGGACUGGAGUUAUUAUUGGACUUCAUCUACACAGGAGAGCUUCCACUGGACAAUAACAACUGUCACAAAGUACAACAUGUGGCCACAAGCCUCCAUGUCCCAGACGUGAUCGCGAUGUGUGAACGUUUCACUCAACCUCUUGAAGAAACUAUGAAGCGAAAAAGAGGCCGGCCCAAAAAGAGCACCAUAACAACCAAUAAUAAUGGCAUUUCAGAGAUGGAAAAGUUGCCUAUGAAUAACACUGGUGAUGAACGCAGUGAUGCAGAGGAGAGUGAAGUCCCCAAAACCACUCGCUCCGGCCGUGUGGUCAAAUGCCCCAAAACUCUUCUGACCCAAGAACUUGUGACUGACCAAAGCAAAAACGUUUUUCCUGAGCAAGUGGUUACACCAAAUCCAGAAAGGGCAGUGGGUGAAUGUGAGCCUCCUAGUGGACAGACUAAGCAAGAGCACUCAGAUCCCUUGGUACAUAAUGGAGAUGAUGGAGAUGAUGGAAAUGAUCCGGACUUUGAAUAUUUUGUGGAAAACUCUCUUGAUUCUUGGGACUGUAAUGAACCUGAGACUCCAGCUGCAACGCCAGAGAAAAAGAGGAAACUGCAGAGUAAAAGUGACCCCAAUGAAGUGAGCGGAGACAAAGGAGAGAAGGAGAGUGGAGUUCAAUGUCUCGUUUGUAACAAGAGCUUCAAGAGCAAGUACUACCUUAAAGUCCACAAUAGGCGGCACACUGGAGAAAAGCCAUUUUCUUGUAGUAAAUGUGGAAAAAGAUACUUCAGAAAAGAAAAUCUUCAGGAGCACGAAGCCAGAAACUGUGCAGUCACUGCUCAGACUCAUACAUGUCCUACCUGCUCUGAAACGUUUUCCCGAAAACAGCAGCUGGUUGUACACUUGGUGACGCACACUGGAGUGAUGCCCAACCAGUGUCCGUUGUGUCCGGAGCAGUUUAUGCUGAAGAAACAUCUGAACAGCCACAUGAUGAAGCUUCAUGGCGCUCCAAAGCCUCAUGCAUGUCCUGAGUGUGACAAGUCCUUUAUGACCAAGAGCGAGCUGCGGAGCCAUGAAUCCUCCAAACAUAAAGGGGAGAAGCUUUUUGUGUGCGAGGAGUGUGGACACCAAGCCACAACUCGAAACGGACUCAAGAUGCACAUCAAGGCCAUCCACAGACGCUACAAGCCCUUUGUGUGCUCUGAAUGUGGCCACGCAUUCACACAGAAGAACAAUCUGAACAUGCACAUGCUGGUGCACUCUGGGGAAAGGCCGUUUCAGUGUCACCUGUGCGGGAAAACAUUUAGGACUCAAGGAGUUCUGGAGAAACACAAUCGCACUCACACCGGGGAGCGGCCCUUCAGCUGUGAGUUCUGUCAGCAGCGAUUCACCGAGAAAGGAGCCAUGAUACGACAUGUGGAGAGUAAACACCAAGAAGGACGCCCACACUCCUGCAACAUCUGCGGGAGGACGUUCAAAGCGCGAGAACAGCUGCGAGCGCAUUUGAACCGACACAAAGGCGAGAGGAAGUUUGAAUGCAUCGACUGCGGCUACAAGUUCACGCGACAGGCCCACUUGCGUCGUCACACUUUAGUGCACAAGCGAAAUGAAAAUUACAACCCUAAGGAGAGGAAAUUCAGGAACAUCAUCGUGGAGGAGGUGGACGAUACUUACGAAGCCAACGUUUCUGCCAAAAAAGUGGAAGAUUUGUUGAAAAAGGACAAAUCUGCAAAGAAGCCUAAAUUCCCCAAGAAACCCAAAAGGCCAAAGAAGAAAUCGACCGUAGAUGGCGCGGAAGACACAAGCGACCCCUUGUUCCAGGAUGACGCAUUAUUGAAUUCAGAUCAUGAGGAAGAAGCUGAAGUGUCAAAACGGAAAACCACAAAACGAAAGAAGAAAAAGCCAAAGCGUUUGGAAAGCACCGUUGACUUGUCGCAAAUCAUGGAUGAAGUGGGGGAAAGCAAGGACUAA